AAAACUCUAGAAAAACAAAUGGCCCACUCACUCACUCUCACAUUUUUUGUAAGAUUUGAGGAACAAGUCAAGUGUUUCUGUCUGUAUCCAUAGCCCUCCUCAUCUCAACCAUCCUAACCUCAUUACACUCUCUCUUUCUCUCUCUCUCUGACAGCUAAGAUGCAAGGAGGAUUGCGAUCAUUUUUGUCAAACGGGAACAUCAUAAAAAAUGCUGUUUUGCAACGAGUCCGCAUGGUGACUCCUCUGUUGCAGCCAGCUGCCUUUUCGCGGUUCGAGUCUGUUACGCCUGCUCGUAUUGAGGAGCAUGGUUUCGAGAGCGCAACGAUUUCAGACAUCUUGCAAGGAAAAGGUAAAGGCGCAGAUGGUUCCUGGCUUUGGUGCACCACAGACGAGACUGUUUAUGAUGCUGUGAAAUCGAUGACGCAAAACAACGUUGGAGCUUUGGUGGUUGUGAAACCUGGCGAACAGAAUACAAUUGCAGGGAUUAUAACAGAAAGAGAUUACCUGAGAAAGAUCAUCGUGCAGGGAAGAUCAUCCAAGUCCACCAAGGUUGGAGAUAUUAUGACCGAAGAGAACAAACUUAUCACAGUCACCCCUGAUACCAAAGUUUUACGUGCAAUGCAGCUGAUGACCGAUAACAGGAUCAGACACAUUCCUGUCAUAAAUGAGAAGGGGAUGAUUGGCAUGGUGUCCAUUGGAGACGUCGUUCGUGCUGUUGUGAGCGAGCAUCGUCAAGAGCUUGACCGUUUGAAUGCUUACAUACAAGGAGGUUAUUAGUCUUUAUUAGAUGAUGAUGAAAAUCCCUUGAGGGCACUCAAGCUGAGUUGAAUUAUCAUGUAAUAAGCUUGAGUGUUUGUAAAUAUGUUCUUGUCUGUUUUUCUGUAAUUUCUCAGGAUUUCAGUUCUAUGGACAUUAAUCCAUAGAGUUGUAGCUGUUAAUAAUAACUACCGGAUUCAUCUUGCAUGUUAGUUAUGUUAUGUUGCUUAACUAGUGAAGAUGCAUUGAUCUUUUACUUCCA